CUGAGCUCUGAGAGCGCUACAAUGUAACAAAAGCAGCGGGAUGAAACAGUGAAAUAACGCGCGAGUGUAUGAAGCGCUGCCUUCACGCGGGACCUGAUUAAUAACACAGCACACACACAUCGGUGAGUUUAGUGGUUAAAGGGCUGAUAGUGGAUCGAGCUGUGAGUGAGUGAGCUCAGGAGGACUGCGCUUACAAAUUGCCGAGAGACUGCCAGAGGAAUCUCCGCCGCAGCUGGACAGGAGAGAGACCGGAGGACCGGAGCGGGCCGACAUGGACGACCAGCCGCGCCUGAUGCACGCUCAUGCGGCCGUGGGGAUGAGCGGACACCCGGGCCUGUCUCAGCACAUACAGGACAACACCGGAGCCACCGACGGAGACGGAAGGAAGCAGGACAUUGGAGACAUUUUACAACAGAUCAUGACCAUCACUGACCAGAGUCUGGACGAGGCACAGGCCAGAAAACAUGCUCUCAACUGCCACAGAAUGAAGCCAGCGCUCUUCAACGUCCUGUGUGAUGUCAAAGAAAAAACAGUGUUGAGUAUCCGUGGCGCCCAGGAGGAGGAGUCUCCCGAUGCCCAGCUGAUGCGAUUGGACAACAUGCUGCUGGCGGAGGGCGUGUCCGGGCCGGAGAAAGGGGGCGGGGCUGCGGCGGCUGCGGCGGCGGCGGCGGCAUCGGCUGGAGUCGGAGCCGAUAACGCCACCGAACACUCCGAUUACAGAGCCAAACUCACCCAGAUCCGCCAGAUCUACCACACCGAGCUGGAGAAGUACGAACAGGCAUGUAACGAGUUCACGACCCAUGUGAUGAACCUGCUGAGAGAGCAGUCUCGCACGCGGCCCAUCUCGCCCAAAGAGAUCGAGCGCAUGGUCAACAUCAUCCACCGCAAGUUCAGCUCCAUCCAGAUGCAGCUCAAGCAGAGCACCUGCGAGGCCUUCAUGAUCCUGCGCUCCCGCUUCCUCGACGCCAGGAGGAAAAGACGAAACUUCAACAAACAGGCCACAGAGAUCCUGAACGAAUAUUUCUACUCUCAUCUCAGUAACCCGUAUCCCAGCGAGGAGGCCAAAGAAGAGCUGGCCAAGAAGUGUUCGAUCACCAUGUCGCAGGUUUCCAACUGGUUCGGAAACAAACGGAUCCGAUAUAAGAAGAACAUCGGAAAAUUCCAGGAAGAAGCCAACAUCUACGCGGCCAGAACGGCUGUGAGCGCGGCGAGUGUGUCGGCACAUGGCAGCCAGACCAAUUCCCCGUCCACUCCAAACUCAGCAGGUGGAUACCCUUCGCCAUGUUAUCAGCCAGACAGGAGGAUACAGUGACGGCCUCGCAGCAAACCAGAUGUACAGUCCGCAGGGCAUCAAUGUAAGGCGAGAAAAAA